AUGUGCAUCCAGUCCCUCCCCGCCCACGAGCGCCCACGAGAAACAGCCCCGCGGUCCAGCGCCGGGCACGCACCGCCCCCAUCCAAACCCCCCAACCCCAUCCUCAUCCUCAUCAUCCUUAAUAUCAAUAUCGCGCGCCUCCCUUCCUCGCGCCGCCCAGCUCCACAGGCGCGCUCCAAACCCGACCUCCCGACCCGGGACACCGCAUCCGCGAAACCCGGGACCGAGAUGCCCUCCUCGCGAGAAGCCGAAGAAGGCCGGGAGCGCGACGUCGAGGCGCGGAUGGCCGGGCUGGUUUUCGACCGCGACUGGCUCCGUGAGGCGUGUGACGGGGGGCGGAGGGAGGGGAGGGGGAUGGAGAUGGAGGCGCUGGUGAGGAGGUUGCGGGGCCAGGUGUGGGCGGGGGUGGAAGGGUUGGACACCUACAAAGCAGACGCCUCUACGAGAGAACACGAAAGCGUAGGACCAACCUUCGAAUCCCUCGCCGCCUCUGCCCAAUUCCAUCUCAUCCAGUCGCUAGUCUCGCGCCUCAUUGUCGAGCACAUUUUUGGAGGAUAUUUCGUAGGACUCUCCUCCAAGCAAGCGGAAGACUUAUCAAAUGUAGAGCGAAGUCUCAGCAGUUUCGGUUCCAUCGAAAGCAUGAACCAGUGGCGCUCAACCACCCUUUCUAUCCUGCACAGAGACUCCCAGAAACUCUCAAAAGAGACGGCCGGCUUAGUUGAUGGCGUUGUAGCGCAAGUAAGUAGCAUUGUGGAAUCCAUCAGCGAAGUCAAGCACACGGAAGCGCGAGACCAGUCACUGCGGACACUAAUCGACAGCGCUGUCGAACUCUCUCGCUUACUCCGGUUGCAAAAGGCUGUAUUCAACAUCAUGAUGCCUUGUAGAGAAGGUCAUCAGUGA